AUGUCGUCCCCUCCAACAUCCAAACGGAUCAAGACUUCGGCCACAACUAGCGCCCCGCCACAUCUCCUCGCUCAACAGCAGAUCCAUCCAUUCCACCGGGUCCCGACCUUUGAAGGCAUCCCCAUUCCUACGGCACCUCUUCCCCAUCAACAACAGCAGCCACCGCAGCAACAUCAUCAGCAGCAACAACAGCAGCAGGUGCAGCAACAACAACACCAACAGCAACAGCAGCAAGCCUCCUCACGCAAGCGUCCUCAAUCUCCAAUUACGGGCUCUUCCACGAUGAUGGCCGCACCCAUGGGCUCUACGGGCGGUGCGAUCGAGGGUGACCCAACCGCUAUUCCACCCGCCCCAGAGCCCGCUCCCAAGAAGAAGGGUCGCACCAAUACCCCGUGGACCGCCGAGGAGGAACAACGACUCAAGACCAUGCGCGACGCCGGUCGAAGUUGGAGCGAAAUCGCCAAGACUUUCCCUACGCGGACUGAGGGCAGUGUGAAGAAGCACUGGUACAAGGAUAUGCAUUACGCUGAAUUUGCCGAAGAUGAGUCCAUAAAACUCCGUGACGCAAUCAAGGAGUACGAGGCAAACAAGUGGAAGGUCAUCGGACAGAAAGUCGGCAAGCCUGCUAAGGCUUGCGAACAAUAUGCCAAAGAACAUUUCAAGAAUCUUUGA